UUGCAGAUUGUGUUUUUAAAAAAUUCAAUUACCUAAAUGGAAGACCCAGAUGAUUAUGGGGAAGGUGAUGAUGAAACAAAUGAAGAGGAGAGGAAAAUGCUACUGGAUCACUGCAUACGACAUCUCAAUCUUCCCGAUUUCGUUAUGGAACCCCAAAUAGUUGGUGUAUUGCAGACAUUUUUCCGGUGUGGUGGGGAUCCGGAAACAGUUGUUAAUUUACUUUCUGAAAACUAUUGCUCACUAGGCCAGCUUUGUAACCUCAUCGGUGAUUGGUUGGCAGACUUGGAGGGUAGCCGAUCGACAGUAGACGAAUGUUUUGAAUCAGCCUUGAGUGCUUUGAUUGCGAAGCAUUUCCAACCUGAAUUAGCUGAUAAAAUAUUUGAAGCAGAAGGUGUUGGCAUUGAGUGGUUACCGGAAUUGAUCUCACAUAAACCUUGGCGGCGGUUAAUUUAUUCGCUUGCUGAACAGUAUCCUCAUUGUUUGAUGUUAAACUUUGCUGUGAAAUUAAUAUCAGAUGCCGGUUUUCAACAUGAAAUUAGUAACGUUAACACUGCAGCUCAACAGCUUGAAAUUUUUUCGCGAGUAGUUUUAUUCACAAUUGAUGCUGUAUUCCAUGAACAUCGGCGAGGUCCAAUGACAGAAGCUUACGAAAAUGCUCUUGCGGAACUUGUCCGAGUCGUGUGCCACAGUGAGCAUACAUAUCUAUACACACAAGCGCUAUUACAUGUUAUAUGUGAAGAAGAAACUGGAAUGGCUUCCGCUGCUUGUGCUCAUAUUUCCCAAGUGCUGCGGAUGGAAGCACAUGAUCGUGAACAGGACACAUCGGCGUUACACAUUGCUUUGAAGCAAUCGCAUGAAGAACAGAUUACAUUAAACUUAUUACAAGCAAUGCAUACAAUGAUGAGCAAGCAGUGCUUGAAUCCUGCGGAUAUCACACAACUUUAUCAGCAGUACGUUUCGACAAACCCGCCUCCAGUUGAAUUAAUUCGAGAGCACUUCUUUGUUGAUAUGUUAACUGAUUCACUUUUCGCAUAUGAGGGUAUCAAAGUUCAUGCAGAUCAUCGGCCGAAGUAUGUCUACUUGUUAGCGUAUGCAUCAUGUGUUGGUGAGCAAAAGACAACUACCGGCCGAGUACAGAAUCGACAGGAAUUGAACAUGACUCGAGAUACCAUCGAGCGAAUAGUUAGUUUGCUGGAAAAGACAGAUGACCUUAUAAAGGAAAUGAAAUCACUGUUAUAUGCAAUACGUCUUCCUGUCAUUGCCGCCGGAUUGUUAUAUUAUUUACGCGGAAAUCUUUUAAGUGAUGAAGUUAUCAGUGAACCGGAGGCCGUGCAUUUUGUAUUGCUUGAUCAGAUUGCUACAACACAUUCUAAUUUACAAUUAAGAGUUUUCCGAGUUCUCUGUGAGUUGUAUGAUAGACAGUCAACGAUGAAUGAAGCUGCUGAGGUUAUUAUGGAGAAACAGCGCAGUGUAGUUGACCGUUUUGUUCAUUUAUUGUCAGUUGGCUUGGCUUUACCGGUUGUUGAAAAAGUCAACAGAAUGUUUCGUGAUGGUCAAAUCGACAUUUCACUUGUUAGGUACUUCGCGACCGAAGUUCUCGAAAUUGUUGCUCCUCCGUAUUCGGAAGAUUUUAUCGGUGUUUUUCUCCCAAUCGUUUCAAGUCCCGAAAUUUUCGAUCAAAAUAUUAGUGAUAAAAUUCCUGCCGCAAAAGAAUUCAUUGAUCAUUGUACACCUUUGGUCGCUGAAGUUAAAUCGUCACAAGUUUGAUCCAGUAAUAUUCAGCAGCUACAAUGGUUGCUAAUGCAGUCAUUAAUUAUUUGCAAACUAAAUUUUUUCCCUUGAUUGGGGAAACCAACCAGGAGAAUGAUGAGCGAAAUCUCGUGUUCUCAUGCUGAAUGAAAACAUGCACUUCCAAGAUCCAAAAAAUACGAAAUAAGAGUGAGCACUGCACUUCAUCCUUUAAUUCCAUUACGAUAAUGUGCAGAUUUCGGAAGGUGUUAGAGUAAUGUGGUGUAUCCCGCUUGAAAUUUCUAACUCAAAGUUGGCUUUUGAUUUUCAGCAAAUUUUUGGAUGCUCUCUAAAGGAAAACUCAAAUCAGAGGUACUUGGAUGGAUCCUUAUAGGACAAACAUGGAUGAGACAUCUCUUGAAGUAA